AUGUCCAUGACGAUGAACGUGGCGGAGGCGAAGGUGCCCACCAAGAACACCUUUGUUCACUUCAGCGACGCCAGCAAACCCAUGGGGACUGCCAUCCUCACCCGAGCAGUCUCAUGCCCAUCCAUCAUGACAGACUUCGAGCAUCCCCGACCCAGGGGGAGCAGCGCAGAGAUGCUGUCAUUUAGCAAGGCAUCCUUCGUGGAGGAUGACAAUUGCAGUGCAGCCAGCACCUCCGGACAGGAGAGCGAUGACAACAGCCAAGGUGCUGAUGCCGAGUCCACAGGCACAUGGUCCCGGCACAACUCACCACUUAAUCUCGGACAACGUGUUGCUGAGAUUCCGGCCUUGUUGUCUCGGAGCAAUUCCCCUGUCAACAUGGGUCGAGGUGGUGCUGAGCCUUCUAGCCCACUCCCUGAAGCAGCCGGUAUGCACUCACCAACCAAAUCACCCCAGAAUCUGGGAAACGUCUUUGGGGUUGCCAUUCCAAUCAUGCUCACCCCGCCAGUGGCCCCGUUGCCACAGACAGGCCCAAUGCACUCGAUGGACUCCGUGGCCGUGCAAGUCGGACAGACUAUUCCAGCAUCCAUGCAAGUGUCGCAGAUGGGCCCAAUGGAUGUGGUGGCGGUGCAAGUCGGCCAGACUGUGCCAAUGCACGCUGCGGAUGCGGCCAUCGAGGGCUGGAAGGUCCAGGACGAGUUGGCGUUCGAGCCGGCCCAGGAGGAGCAUGACGAGGACCAGCUCAGGAAGCCAAUGGAUGACGUUUGGAGCAACAUUCGUGAUGCUCUUUAUCAGUCCGUGGGGUGGGAUACGCGCGAUCUGAAGUUCAAGGCUUAUUGGAACCAUGUGGACAUGCUUCAGCGUGAUGCGCGCGAUGCAGAGCGCGAGCGUCACUGUGCACGUCGUUCAGCUGAGAAGGUGGAGCAGCUGGAAAGGAAAGUGUUAGCAAUAGAAACGACAGUGGCCGACUUGCGUUUUGAGAAUGCCAACGUGACCGCAGCACUGGAAGAUGCAAAGCGAGCUCUUCAUGACACCCAGGCUCAUGGAGACAGCGUAGGCAACAGAGACCAUGUCGCAGCAGUGAUCCAACGCGCCUGGCGGAAGCUGCGCGGCAUUGAUGUUCUAGGGAAGCGCCUCUUGCGAGAAGGGAAUGCCGUGAACGUGUUCCAAACAGCAGAUUAUGAUGCCGAUGAGCUGAUGCAAGCUACCUGGCCUGCAAAUGUCAAGUGGCAUGCCUUUCAACGUGCCCCUGCGUUCAUCCAGAAUGAGCCCACGACAAACAUGAAAUUUGAGACACAGCGUUUGAUCCUCGCUCGCUUGGCUGGGGAUCGUGGGGACGCAGUGUCCACAUCUGAGGAGAUGGAGCAACGCGCGUCCAUGGUGCUCACGGCUUGCAAAGUAGUGGCUGGCGUUAUGGGCAAGACCCACGUUUUGUCGACUGGGGCCCGCGUGCUGGAAGUGGAUGGAGCCGGAGCUUACGAAGCAUCUGGGGCAAGCGCCAAGCUUAUGACAGCGCUGGACAUGGAAGCUUCUUGCAAGGGGUAUGCGGCCAUCAUCCUUCUAUCAACUCCGGCUGGUGUGAGCUUUUACUCGUGCUUCGGAUUCGAGCGCAUGCAAAGCUGGUCGUUGGAUCCUGCGGAUGCCGCGCGGCAUGCUUUGCACUAUUUGAGUACAAACGCGAUCUACCGCCAUGCACCAAUGCUGAAGCUUUUGCUCUGUGAGCAAAAAGUUCCGCAGUUGCGCUUGGACGUGAAACUCGUCAUUGCUCCGCUUGCCGCAACCACCAGGCUCAGGGCAGCCGUUUUUGCCCGAGUGCAUGCGAGAAGUGCAGCAAGGUGCUUCUUUGCAGCUGGUACCCAUCUCUACACUUUCGCUGUUCACUGCCACUGGUGCGAGUCUCACAAACAUCCGGUGGCCAUGAUCUCGACCUUGACAGCUCUGCCGGAUGUGGCUAAGCAGAGAGACUGUGGUUUUUCCCCGACGGCUCCGAUCGCAGUGGGUGCGGAAGAUGCACCUGGCGAGUUCAUGGUACCUGCGGAGGUGGCGAAACUCGGUGCUCUUCAGCUGUCCUCAGGCGAAAUCAUGUUCGCGAAGCCUGAUUUAGACAAGAAACUGGAGACUCUUCGGCGGAAUGAGAAGCCCAUCGUGCGGUGCUACACUGACAAGGGCGUGGAAAAGAGCCGCUGCGGCGUCGUCUGCCAAUGGUAUGGGGACGAGAUGUGGGAGUUGGCAAAUCGUGCGCAGUUGAGUUCGGGCUCUCCACUGAGGCAAGGGCUGCAGCUGGCAAUCUGA